CGUCCUCGGUCUAAACGUCCCUCCAACCACCACCCCUCGGCGGACUUUCCCAUACCAAAAACCUUCCUCCAUUCUAAAAACCCCCCUUCUCUCUCUCUCAGCCCAACCAAAGAAACACUAAAAAUGGCCAUGGCCCCCGCGUCACUCUCAAAACCCUUCAUCUCCUCCAAACCCCAAUCAUUUCCAUCGCCCACGCCUCCACGUUCCUCACUCAAGUACCGCCCCUUGACCGUCCGCAACUCCGUCGCCACCUCGGCCCCGGCGUCCGUGGCGGUGUCGAGGGAACACAAGGUGAAGUCGGUGAAAGCGAGGCAGAUCAUCGACAGCCGGGGGAAUCCGACGGUGGAGGUUGAUCUGGUGACCGACGAUCUGUUCCGAUCCGCGGUUCCCAGCGGGGCCUCCACGGGGAUCUACGAGGCGUUGGAGCUCAGGGACGGGGACAAGAGCGUUUAUGGAGGUAAAGGAGUUCUCAAUGCUGUCAAAAAUAUCAAUGAGAUCUUGGGCCCUAAGCUCGUCGGCGUAGAUGUCAGGAAUCAAGCUGAAGUUGAUUCACUAAUGCUCGAGAUUGAUGGAACUCCAAAUAAAUCAAAGCUUGGGGCUAAUGCGAUUCUAGGAGUGUCUCUAAGCGUGUGUAGGGCGGGUGCAGGAGCGAAGGGAAUUCCUCUUUACAAGCACAUACAGGAAAUAUCUAGUACUAAGGAGCUUGUUAUGCCAGUUCCUGCUUUCAAUGUGAUAAAUGGUGGCAGCCAUGCUGGAAACAGUCUUGCCAUGCAAGAGUUCAUGAUAUUACCUGUAGGAGCAACCUCAUUUGCAGAGGCUCUCUGCAUGGGUAGUGAAGUUUAUCACACGCUGAAAGGAAUUAUCAAAGCAAAAUAUGGACAAGACGCAUGCAAUGUUGGAGAUGAAGGUGGAUUUGCACCUAAUGUUCAGGAUAAUAGGGAAGGAUUGGUGUUGCUCAUAGAUGCAAUUGAAAAGGCUGGUUACACUGGAAAGGUCAAGAUAGGAAUGGAUGUGGCAGCGUCAGAGUUCUUGACCAAGGAUGGCAAAUAUGACCUCAAUUUCAAGAAACAACCAAAUGAUGGAGCUCAUGUUCUCUCAGCUCAGAGCCUCUGCGAACUGUACCAGCAAUUUGUCCAUGAUUUCCCUAUAGUUUCUAUUGAAGAUCCCUUUGACCAGGAUGAUUGGAGUUCAUGGACUUCGCUACAGUCUUCAGUUGAUAUCCAGCUUGUAGGUGAUGACUUGUUGGUGACAAAUCCAACAAGAAUAGCUGAAGCCAUUCAGAAGAAGGCUUGCAAUGGUUUACUCUUGAAGGUUAACCAGAUUGGCACAGUAACUGAAUCUAUUCGAGCAGCUCUUGACUCAAAGGCUGCAGGAUGGGGUGUAAUGGUCAGCCACCGAAGUGGUGAAACAGAAGAUAACUUCAUUGCUGAUCUUUCUGUUGGCUUGGCCAGUGGGCAGAUCAAAACAGGAGCUCCUUGCCGAAGUGAGCGGUUAGCCAAGUAUAAUCAGCUUCUUCGCAUUGAAGAGGAACUCGGAGAUGUUCGUUAUGCCGGUGUAGAUUUCAGGUCUCCUUAAUCAAUUACGCAGCAAAUUCAAUCUUUUUUAUUGGGAAUAAAUUACCUGGGCUGAGUAAGGCUAGGUCUUGGAAAAUCUACAGGAGUCUCGUGUAAAUCCAUUCGGCUUAUUCAUCCUAAUAGUUGGUAAUCAGUGAGGCAUUAGAAGCUUUCUGGUUUUCUGGUUGUCAGUCGUUGUCAUUGAAGCACCGGCACCACUAUCUUGCCCAGCAGCAUACCUUAAUUAGGUUCCUGAAAAAAGCAAAGACAAAAAGUGACAAAGGAAAGACCAAAAUGGAUUAAAUGGACAACAAAGAUUUCUUGUUUGUGUUCUCCAAAUUAGGCGAAUGAGAUGAUGUCUCUUCUCCAUUUGAAGUUUUGAACCCUUGUGUUUGUAACCUCUAUUGGCUUGUAAUACAUUUGGUGUGGUUGAGAAAGAAAUGGAUGAUUGUGGUAUUGCCCACGCAUGGAAAAAGGAAAGGGAUUGAUUAUGUUCUUACUA